CGCUGCAUGCUUUCGAAAUUCCCACAACCAGCCUCCAGACGUUGGCCCCUCUUGCCCGGGAGAUGAUGGAUAGCAGGAUGCUAGAGCACCCUCGCGCCCAGUAUGGAGGCUCUCUCGGCGGGAUGGUGGGCUUUCCGUACCAUUUGAGCCAUCAUCAUGUGUACGAAUUAUCCGGACACCAACUCCAGUCUGCGACCGCCGUUCCUUUCUCCAUAGACGGAUUACUGAAUGGUUCCUGCACAGCAUCCGUGGUUAAUUCAAAUCCUCUGCUGUCUUCAGGCUGCAGUAUGAAUGGAGAUAACCAGCCGUACAAACUGACAGAUUCUGGAGACCAAGACAAAGAUAGCCCCGGUUGCAAGAGGAGAAGAACUCGAACAAAUUUCACUGGAUGGCAACUGGAGGAAUUAGAAAAGGCGUUCACUGAGAGCCAUUAUCCUGAUGUUUUUAUGAGGGAAGCACUUGCCUUGAGACUGGAUUUGAUUGAGUCUAGAGUACAGGUUUGGUUCCAAAACCGCAGAGCAAAAUGGAGGAAAAAGGAGAACACGAAGAAAGGACCAGGGCGGCCAGCUCACAACUCCCACCCAACGACAUGCAGCGGAGAACCGAUGGAUGCUGAAGAAAUCGCCCGGAGGGAGCUGGAGAGGCUGGAGAAAAAAAGGAGGAAGCAGGAACGAAAGCUUCUGAGGUCACAGAACAAACUCAUACCGAGUGAUUUAUUCCACACCCCCGGAUCGGAUAGCGACAGUGGAGUCUCGCAUGUAACGGACAGUGAACACACAUCGAAUGUCCUAGACCUACAUUCGGGAUCUAAUGGCCGAAACCAAACUGAACCAAGCUGUGACCAAACAGGACCAAUAAAUCCAAGCCAAAGACACGUGGGCCAGGAUGCUAGUGUGUCUGAGUUGGACUCCUCCGACAGCAGUCACAAUUCGAACUUGUGUUCGAACGGCAGAACUGCGGCCCUACAGAAACUGAGCCCUUUCAGUGUGGAGAGCCUUCUCUCGGACUCAACACCGCGACGUAAGACCCAUUUGGAUUUCCCUGCCUUACCUUCCCCACGGCCCUUGAUAGGGAAAGGGCACUUCUUACUGUACCCCAUCACUCAGCCGCUUGGUUUCAUUGUACCACAGACUGCGUUGAAGACAGCAUCAGGAACAGAUACAGUCAACCCCAUACAGAAAGGUUUAUCAAAUGACAGCGUUUCCACUCAGCCAAGCUCUCCUGUUUCAAAUAUAGGACAGAAUAGCACAAAUAGGAACAACUGCAACAAACUAAGUAGCAAUGGGUUAACCAACAGAGAGAUGAGCAGUUUUCCAGGGAAAGACGAAGGCUCUACACAAAGCAUCCAGGUCCAGACGACACUCACCGGAACCGCUCGUCCUCAGACCUGCUACAACGAACCAUACACGCAGCAACCGGAAUCUAAAGACGUUCAGCCAAAUUCUCCGCAAUCAGACACAAAAGAAAAAUCACUGCAGGACCAUAAAGAGUGCUUAGAGUCGGAGAGAACAAAUUGUCCGACGGAACCCAACACACACUGUAAUGAAGAUGAUAAGGAGUAA